AUGUCGACAGCAGCGCGCAAGAUGCCAUCCAAAUCGAAGACGCCAAAGACGUCUUCUGUACCGUCUCGGGGUCGGAAAGAGCAGAGGGAACCCCUGACGCCUUCGUUGAGCCACGCGCUCGGGGGUCUGAAUCUGAACGCGAGCAGCCGUGGACAAGGCGACAAGGAAAAAACCAAGACGGGCUCUGAGAAGAGUCGAAGCAAGCGUGGUGAAGAUGAUUCGUUGAUGUCGCCGAUCAAUCUUGUCGUUGGGCGCGCGGCUGGAAAUACCGGGGCGAGUAGAGGAAGUGGUAGAGUUGGUGAGGGAGGGGUUUCGUUGAGGGAUGACAGUCGUGAUGUGGAUGCGGAUGAGUCGAUUAAUCCGUUUCUUGAGACGUCUGUCCCGCUUGGACAGCCGCUCAAGAUGUUUAGCUCGAGUGGACGGUCGGCUAAGACGGGUGGGAGUAGUACAAGUGCUGGGGUUACGAGUGGUGGUGUAGGUGGGACGGCUAGCUCGAGACCUGCUAGUCGUACCGGUAGUCGACCGAGCUCGCGCACCGGAUCGCGUCCUGGUAGCCCGAAUAAGCGCAGCAAGAGUGCGCAUGGACCAAAGAAUACGGUCAAUUUGUAUGGGAUGGAGACGAAAUUGGAUAUCGUCGACAUUUCAGAGUGGCCAUUGAACAAAAAGGACGCUGCUUCAAAGGAACCGACCCCUACCCCUCGCAAGCGGUCCAAGUCACAGACGAAUGCGCGCCCACGCUCGAUUCAUGACGAGUAUGGAGACCGAUUCAUUGCGGAUCGUAAUCCAAACGCUACAGUAUUGUCCUUUACCCCGCCCAAGGCUGGUUCGACGGAAAACUCGCCUGCACAUAUGCAGCGCCUUGCAUCGGCUGCGAAUCUCGAGCCAGACGGUCGAAUCCUCACUUUCCACCAACCGCCUCCAUCGUCCAAUGCAGACCCCAUGCUCGCGGCGCAACGAACGCAUGUUCAGCCUCUGUAUGCCCAGGAGAAGGCAGGCUCCUCGUCUGCCAGUGGAGGAUCCUCUGCUGCCUCUGGUUCAGCGGCCAAAGUGCGACGUCUUCCGACGCAACCAGACCGUGUCCUGGACGCGCCUGGGAUUUUGGACGACUAUUAUCUCAAUCUGCUCUCGUGGUCAGCACGAAAUGAACUCGCAGUGGGCCUAGAGGAGAAUACGUAUGUAUGGCGCGCGUCGACGGGUGCAGCCGUCCACCUCGCGGAGAGUACCGAGGGUCGAUGGGUCACAUCUGUCGAUUGGUCGUCGGAUGGUGCCUUUUUGGCGAUUGGAUAUUCGACGGGCGAUGUUGAACUCUGGGAUCCGGAAGCGUCAAGAAAGUUGCGGACGAUGACGGGUCGACAGGCUCAAGUUGGUGCACUCAGUUGGAACAACCACGUCUUGAGCAGUGGAUGUCAAGAUGGAAGUAUUUGGCACCACGACGUUCGCGUUGCGCGUCAUCACCAAGGGACGCUGAUAGGCCAUGUCGGCGAGGUGUGCGGUCUCAAGUGGCGGAGUGAUGGAAUGCUACUUGCGAGUGGUGGGAAUGACAACGUUGUAAACGUUUGGGACAACCGCAUGGGCGACUCGGAUGCGGAUGGUGAUAUCGAAGAGCAGCGCACGGCCAAGUGGACGAAACGGAAUCAUACUGCAGCCGUCAAGGCCCUGGCGUGGUGUCCAUGGCAAGAUUCUUUACUCGCUUCUGGAGGUGGUACAGGCGAUGCCACUGUUCACUUUUGGAACACAAACACGGGAGCACGUGUCGCAUCAUUAACGACGCCUGCGCAAGUCACUUCGAUUCACUUUACGCCUCUUGCCAAAGAGGUGAUGACCACUCAUGGGUAUCCGACAAACUCGAUUAUGGUCCACUCAUAUCCCUCCAUGACAAAGAUUGGAGAGAUCAAGGACGCGCACGACUCGCGUGUCCUCUACUCGGCUCUCAGUCCUGUCGGUGAUACGGUUGUGACGGGAGCAGGAGAUGAGAAUAUCAAGUUUUGGAAACUGUGGGAGGUGCCUCCCAAGAAGGCAAAAUCAAAAUCUGACGAUCUAUGUACAUGUUAUCUCCUAGUUAUGAAUGCAUAUUGUUUCAGUACACUCUCCUGCCUAGAACCUCCGACCGGAACUUUCGUCUUCUAUUCUAGCUGUGGAAACCACCGGAGAGCGGGUGUUUCACAGUACGGGAUUCGCUCCGUCUCCGUUACUAUGUUCAUCAAAAUGCACUUCUUCGCACUCGGGGCAUCCCGUGCCUCUGGAUACGAGAUUGCUCUAAAGCUCCUUUCCGAGGGUCACCAAGGCUCGAUACCCCUUAGGUCACCCUUGAUGCUCGAGAACGACCCCAGAAUGACACGUUACUUUGAUACAAAUCAGCUUGUGCUAUACAAGUGUGACGCAAUGAAACUAGAAGACGUAGAAAAAUGUCAACACGGUGGCCUUGCUCAACGUUGUCUGGACUAUCUCCUCUGCACAGCGCACUUCCCUUCCAAGGAUGGUCAUCUUGUCGGCAGGUGCAGUUACCAAGGCUUCGAUGGCUCACAUUCCGUUUCCCGCUCGCCAAAUCGUGUCAUGAGUACUUCGUGCUCCAAGUUUGGAUAA